UCUUCACUCUGAAUAAGUAUUGUAGAAUUCUAUUAAAAACAGAUUUUUGUGUGGGACAGUAAUGUCUUGUCUGAUCUAGAGACAUGGGUAAGAAGGGAGGCACAGGCACAGAAUUUCAAAACUGGCUGUUUUGGGUGAGUUUGAGUCUAUUUUUUAGUAAGGUCUUGAGGGAUCAUAUAUGACAGCAGGAAAAAAAAUUAUAAUUCCUCUUUUUUUUAAACAUUGCAAGAUUGUGAUGGAACAAUAGGAUGUUUUAAGGGUAAAUUUAGAAAUUCUGACCUGAUAUUUUAAGGGAGAUGAUUUGUGAGUUUGUUCUUCCUAUCAAGUGCACAAUACAUACAGGCAUGCAUCUCAUCUGGCUGAAGAGAUGGUGUUCAUCACAGCAUCCUUUUUAAUUCUGUUCACUUCUGCCUUGGAAUUGUAUUUUCUUAGAGAAAGGCUAAGAAAAUGCAAACUGUAAAAUUAUACACUCUCACUCCCAAAUUUAAGCAUCUUAUCUCCAAUAAUGCCAUUAAUCAGUCAUGUGAUAAUGCGUUGUAAAUGAGGUUAUUUUUUUUUAUUUUGUUUAAAAAAAUUACUUGAAAAAGGCUAGCUGUGUACAACAAAACUCAACAGACAGAUAAUGAUUGUGGCUAUGUUCUUAAUGUAAGAGACUCCAGAAUUAAUACUACCUAUAGAAUACAAUUGUCUGGUUUAUCAGGAGGGUAGGCUGGAGGAUGGCGGAAUUGUCUAGUUCCUCUUAUUUCAGCCAAGGUAAAUAAUCUGAUAACAGAAUGCCCUUUAAACUUGGAACUCAGGAGUUUGUGAGGGGAACAGUGUUCAAUAAGUUUAAAUUGUUCCAUAAGCUUGUUGCCUGAUUUCACUGUAAAAUGAUAAAUUCUGCUCUCUUUACUGAUGGUAAACUAUGUCAAAUGGAAGUAAAAUCCUGCAAGUCUAACGUUAUUGUGUUUGGAGAACUAAAAGAAAUGAAAAUUGUUUUUUUCGACGAAUUAACUUGUUGCAAAAUACCAUAGACACUAAGGUAUUUGCUGAAUACCUUUGAAAAGUCAGUUAAUUAUUUACAAAAGUAAUACUUAGGGAGUUUUCACAGGUAGUAGAAACUGUUUAUAGAGACAGUAAAGAAGAUGAGAUUUAAAAGCUGUUUUUUCAUCCUAGUCACGAUAUGUUCAGGCAAACUCUUUGCAGAAGGUAAACCUUGUGACUUGCCACACAUAGAAAAUGGGAAGAUUGCCCAAUACUAUUACAGUUUCAAAAGUUAUUAUUUCCCUAUGCAUAAAGACAAAAAGCUUUCCUAUUCCUGUAUGGUGGGUUACACAACUGAAACCGGGACUCAAGAUGGAAGAAUAACCUGUACAGCAAAAGGAUGGUCUCCAGUGCCACGAUGCUACAGAAAAUGCAGCAAGCCUCUUUUGGAAAAUGGCUUUUUUUAUGGCACAGAAAUGUACUUCAAAAUCCAUGAGAAAUUGCAAUACAAAUGUAAUCCAGGCUAUCACACUCCAAGUGGUGGUACUGAAGAUACAGUACAGUGUCAGCCAGAAGGAUGGUCCUUCCAGCCAAGCUGUACUGAAAAAUUGGAGUCAUGUCAAGUACCCAAUUUACGUCACGGCCACUACUUCACAGCCCAGAAGGAGCUUCGAGUGAACGAAACGCUGCUGUACCGGUGCGACGAGGGAUAUCGUACGGCGGGAGGGAGCGCUACAGAGGCAGCAGUGUGUCUGACAUAUGGGUGGGCCCUUACUCCAAACUGCACCAGAAUAACUUGCUCCUCUUUGAAUGCAGUAGCUCAUGGAGGUUUCUAUCCUGUGAAGAAAAUCUAUGAAGAGGGAGAUGUAGUUCACUUCUUCUGUGACAAACAUUAUUCUGUCACUGAAUUUGACUUAAUUCAAUGUUAUUAUUUCGGGUGGCAUCCAGACCCUCCUGUGUGUGAAGAUGUAAAAAAUAAAUGUCCUCCACCCCCACUUCCUCCUCAUGGCCAUAUCACCACAGUUAGAAGAACAUAUCAUAAUGGAGACAAAGUUCGUAUACAGUGCCAAAGGACCUUUGAAAUAAGAGGAUCUGAGGAAAUCCGGUGUGAAGAAGGAAAAUGGACACCACCCCCUAUUUGUAUUGGAGCUAUGGAUAAACAGGAGUCUGAGGCCCCGCCGUCACUGAAGUCAGAUGCAGCAAUAAGGACAAACAAAACAUAUGGAAAUGAAGAAAUGAAAAUGCAGCAAGACUGUACCUCUCCACCUGUGAUUAAAAAUGGUGCUGUUCUUGGUCCAUUAUUGGCAAGUUACAAAAAUGGUUCCUCAGUAGAAUAUGGUUGUCAGCAUUACCACUUUUUGGAUGGACCUAGAACUGUUUACUGCGAUCAAGGAAACUGGACAGAACAACCAAAUUGCUUAAAACCAUGCACUCUUAAUGUAACUGAUAUGGACAGCAACAACAUAGAGUUGAAAUGGAGACAGGAAGAGUUAAUUUUCCUACAUGGAGAUCUCAUAGAGUUUGAAUGUAAACAGGGAUAUAAUUUUCUCCACACUACCAUUCUGUCCCCUGGGAGGACACAGUGUGACCACGGCAGACUGAAAUAUCCAAAAUGUGUUAUGCAAGCUCCUACAGAAAAAUGUGACUCUCCACCAUCUAUUGCAAAUGGAGCUCUUACUCUCCCACCACUGACCCAGUAUGACAGUGGUUCCUCAGUUCAGUAUAGUUGCUCUGACUAUCAUUUUUUGGAAGGAUCUGAGAGAAUCUACUGUUCUAAAGGGCAGUGGACUUUGCCACCAGUCUGUAUAGAGCCAUGUACUUUGUCAAAAAAUGAAAUGGAGAAAAAUAAUGUGCUGCUGCAAGGCUUCUAUGCAAAUCAGGUUUACUUUUACCAUGGGGAUUAUGUUGGAUUUUACUGUAAACAGAACCAUUUUGGAGCAGAAUCUGGUACAACUUUAUUUCAAGUACAGUGUAAGAGAGGACAGCUGACUUAUCCGAGGUGUGUUGAAAGAGGAAAAUAAGUCUGGACUCCAGGAAAGCCUAUAGGAAAGGUAAGGAGCCUCUAAAGGACAAGGCUUGAGGAACAAGAUAAACCAGAAAGUAUUGAAAAAAAUUCUUUAAGGGAUCUAUAAAACCAUUUAAAACAUAAUAAUAUGCAAAUUUUACUGAGUUGUUAAAAUAUUAAGAAUGAUAAUUAAGAAUAUUAAAAUAUCCAAUCCAACUACUUUGUAUCAUUUCCUAUGACACUUAAAUAUGGGUAUCCUUAAGGCUCUGCCUGUGAACAUGUGUGACUGAAGAUAUGAAGAAAAUUCAGGAAUGUGGACAAUGUUUGCCUUACACCCAUUUUAGUUGGUUUUAAUAAAAAAGCCACUGUAAGGGUUUCUUCUGUAUUUUAUGUCUAAACUCCAUCUGUCUGUGAAAUCAGUGCAUGCAUGGUGUUCUGUAUGGGUUUCCAAGGUUUUUGCAAGUGUUACAUGAAUAAAUAAAACAAAAAAAGAAA